AGAUUAUAGACUCCAGUAGCUGAAGUGAAGUUAACUGGACUACAGUUACCCGCUUUUCAUCUUCCACCCUUCUUCAACAAUGGUUUUCGACUCCGCUGGGACCUUUCUGUAACAACUGUGUGUGAGGGAGUUCUGUUUUUCGCUGGAACACUUUGUGUCGGAUGAAUCGUUGGAAAUUGGCGGUUGUGGUAAAGCGAAGGCAGAGCUGGACGAUGAGAGGCCGGUCUCGGCUCUGUCCGUCACUCUGACUCUGUCUCCUCCCCUCCCCGCCUCUGUCUCUCUGCGCGUUUCUCGGGCAGGUCGGGGCGCUGUGUAUAAAAGGAGACAGCAGCAGGCAGUUUGUCAGUGAGCAGCGACCUGAGUGAAGCAGCAUCAUGUCUGGCAGAGGGAAAGGAGGCAAAGGACUGGGCAAAGGCGGAGCCAAGCGGCACCGUAAAGUGCUCCGUGAUAACAUCCAGGGCAUCACCAAACCGGCCAUCCGCCGUCUGGCUCGCCGUGGCGGCGUCAAGCGGAUCUCGGGUCUGAUCUACGAGGAGACCCGCGGGGUGCUGAAGGUUUUCCUGGAGAAUGUGAUCCGGGAUGCGGUCACCUACACUGAACACGCCAAGCGCAAGACGGUCACUGCCAUGGAUGUGGUGUACGCUCUGAAACGCCAGGGCCGCACUCUCUAUGGCUUCGGCGGCUGAAAAACUCCCACCUCCUCCCGAGCACAAAACAAAGGCUCUUCUAAGAGCCACCCACCGCCUCACAGACGGAGCCGUAUCCACAACCUUUUAAUUAUUUUUAUCGAUACAUUCAGCUGAGUUACAUUUGAAACAGAUUAAUCGGUUCGGUUUGCGAUAUUCCUGCGAAUCUGCCUUUCCAGUCGGUGAUUACUUCAGAACCUCUGAACGCAUUAAGAUCGAUCUUCAUCCUUUUAUCCGUCUCGGACAGGAAUCAGUUCACUCGUUUAGAGAAGCGACUCCGUAAUUAUGCAUUUAAAUCUUAACUCAGGGGAUUAGAUAUCAAAUGAAACUGAAAUUGUAUAAUGCGUGAUAAAACUAACGGUAAAUAAUUUUAAAAAAAGUCUUCCAGCACCGUUGCAGGUUGCUCUGAAAUUGGCGUGCAAUUUGAAAUUGAUCCUGCGCCAAUCACACUGUAUUCGGAUCAGAUGAAGUCCGACUGCCAGUAAAUUCCCAGAACUCCUUCUCUACGUGGUGUUAGAGAGCGUUUUUUUCUCUCUCUCUGGAGCUCUGUGUUUCGGACAAACCGUUGGAAAUUGCCGGGUGUAUUAAAGUGAAGACGGAGCUGGACGAUGAGAGGCCGGUCUCGGCUCUGUCCGUCACUCUGACUCUGUCUCCUCCCCUCCCCGCCUCUGUCUCUCUGCGCGUUUCUCGGGCAGGAGUGGUGUCAGAGGACUGGAGGAUGGGGUCAUGUUAAGCAGUAAUUUAGAAUCGAAGGAAAACCAAACACAAGACCACUGUGCAGAUGCUGAUGGAGGGUCUCGGCCUGAAACGUUGGCUGUUUCCAGUUUCUCAUAGAUGCUGCCUGGCCUGCUGAGUUCCUCCAGCACUGCGCGUGUAUCGCUGCGAGGAAAAGCCCGGGAGCUGAGUCAGGGCUGCUGCUGCUGUCCAUUUAUUAAAGACUCGGCUGACAAUGUCACUGCCCGGCUCAGCAAAUUUACGGAUGUCACUAAAGUUGGUGAUAUUGUGGAGUGUGAAAAUUGUAACUAACAUUACAACAGGACGGUGAUCAAUGAGGUCACUGAUUUGAGGAAUGACAGAUAAAUGUGAGAUGUUCCAUUGUCAUUGACGAACCAGGGCAGAACUGCCGUGGGGAAUGGUCUGUC